GGAGCCAGAGCAAAGAAGGUGGUCAAAACUCAACUGCAUCUGUUUUUGAUGAUUUUGGUAAACACCGUAUUCAACCCCAAAUUAUAUUUCAGAAUGAUCUAAAUGACAGAAGGCUAUUCAGCUUAUUGGGGUCAUCCAACAGAACAACCAGCUAAAGCACCAAAUCUGAGAUUUAUGAUGUUGGUUACCAAGUUUGGGCCCACACACCCCUGCUUAUUGGGGUCAUCCAACAGAACAACCAGCUAAAGCACCAAAUCUGAGAUUUAUGAUGUUGGUUACCAAGUUUGGGCCCACACACCCCUUUUUCUUUCUGAUACUGUUAUCUUGCUGUUACAAAUACUGUUUCUCCAUUCUCUAAUAUCAUAUUCACUGUUUUUUUCCAUCUCUAACUUGUAGCCUUUUAUUUGUCUGUUAAUAUUUUUGACAUCUUUAUAAUGUAUUUUAUUGGUUUUGUGCAUUUUCUUUGUAAAGAUGUAAAAAUAUCACUGCAAAAAAGCGUUAUUAACUUUCAAUUGGAUUGUUCUUAUAGGCAAUAUGCUGUUGGUUCAAAAACUUAGAAAUAAUGAUGCUUAGACAUUAGCUCGAAGAGCUGAAGGAAUGAACGUAUAAAUUAUUUCUACAGGGUUUAAUUUUGUUAGUUUAACUAUCAACCGGUUGUAUAUGAGUAUUCUGUGCAACAUCUCUAAUUAAGAAACAGUUUUAUUUUAAAAUAACUUUAGUACUGUGCUUUUAGUUGUUACAUAUUCAGUACAUAUCAAUUUUCUUUAGCUGUUGUACUUAAAGACAAAAAAUACACAUUUUAAUCAAAAACACUUUGAUGUAUCUAUUUUCAGUACCUAUUAUUUAUGCUUGUUACUUUAACAAACUUUUUUUAGGUAAAGAAUGAACACGUGUGCAUGUUGUUACAUAACACAGUUAAAUAAAUGGAAAUCUCCUCCACAGGGUAUUUUGUAACAUAGUGUAAAGUUUGAAAUGGAACUAAAAUUUUAAAAGCAGAUUCAGAGAUUAGUGGCACAUGUUUUGAAUAGGAAAUAUAAUCAAUGUUUUGUUUAAUAUCACUUGUUUGAAAUUUGAUUUCAUUUGACCAUGAGCUAUAAAAAUUGAUUAAAUCAAUAAUCAGUAUAUCAGUAGAAAAAUUAGAUAAAACAAUGCAAGGAAAUGCAAAACUUUCAGAAGUUCUGCUCCUCAUCCUAAAAUCCCAGAUUAUGUUCUGGCCAAACAAAUUUUACUGAUUAAUAUAAAGGAAAAACACAGUCAAAAUUAAGAGGCAAAUCAUUCUUCAAGUGUAUAAGGACAACAAAAUAAUUCAGUCAAAAAUCAUGUAUGGAUUUAAGCUAUCAAAGUUUAAACUUAGAACCAAUUUUAUUCCUGGUCUUUUUUUAUGGAGAUUUCACAUAGGCUGAUCAUUCAAACUCUGCAUUUGUAAACACCUAAAUCAAGUAUCUUUAAAGUUAAAAUAAACUUUUUAGAUUCAAAAUGCAACAUUUUUAUAAGAGGGAUCCAGAAGUCAAUUUGCUUUUUUUUUUCACAUGGGUAAACAUGUAGUAUUAACAACAAAUCUUUCUUUCAAAAAUGGUAAGCCUACUCUUACACAAGAUUUUCCUCCAAAAUUCCCUGCAAUUAAAGUACCAAAAAUACAUUAUUACGAUACUACUCAGUUAUUUAUAUUCAUGUCAGUCUAAAUUUUUUCUUCUACAUAUUUAUGUGGAUUUUAUAAACAGAGGAUGUGUUAGAACCUAUUAUUUUUGUUGAGAAAAGUCAUAGAAAACUUCAAUGAGCUAUUGAAAUUCACAGGACUAUGUUUUCAUACCAGGACAACAGUAUUAUAUGCUUUAGUUCCAUAUUAAGUGAUUUAUUACAUGGUUUUCCAAUACACAUUUUAUUGUGUUAAAUUUACCAUAAAUGUGCAUUAUAUAUGACAAUUAGCAAACCUGUGUUUGUGUUUUUAUUAUUACCAGAAAGAAAUCCAACUUUGUUGUAGAUUAAUCCAUUAAAUGUGCUGAUACAUACACAUACAGUGUCAGUUGAAUAUUUAUGAUGCAUGAAAAUUUCAUAUUGAUGAUGACAAUGCACAUAGCAAAAGUAUUUGUAAUAUCAUUAUUGCUCACUUUUUGUGUUUACAGGUACUGUCUCUCUCACAGAAACUUCUUAUUUUUGUCGUUAGGAAGAAAAAUCCACUGAUGCAUUGCAACAGCCAAGUUUGAGUCAGUAUUUUUCAUGUUCACCACCUGAUGGACAUGUUUCAAGAGAUCCUUUGGGCCAUAACUUUUUUGACACUUUAAAUUUUUCUUCAGAAUUUUCUCCAAUGAUGAAGAGUGUUUCUGACAUAACUGUAUUGCCAGGAAAUGAAGUAUUUGCAGGAGAUGUUAAAGGGAUUUCAACAGAAUCUCAACUAGCCUUAGAUGCAACAGAAUCAGAACCUGUAAGCUUUACCAUUGGAGGAGAAGUAGAAUUUGGAGUUCCUGAUGAACCUGAGAUUACCGGGACAAAUGAAGUUGAACAAGUUUUGGCUGAACCUGAAGUAAAUGAUAAAAAGCAUGCAAUAAGCCAGUUUUUUGUAGAAGACAAAAGUGGAGGUGAUGGAACUGGAAAAGCUUUUUUUGAUGCUUUAAACUCUAGUGGUCCUGACCUAGUGUCUCCUUCUCCUAUUAAAAUGAGUCAGUCUCAUUGUAUUUCUGAUGAGUUGGUAUGCAGUGGAGUGCCAUCAAAAAACAAAAGCUCAUUCUCUACUUGUACCUCUUCAUCUCCUGUUAUGGAAGAAGAAACUUUCUUGACUUCAUUAGGAGGAAGUGAUCAGUGUCAACAUUUUGAUGCUUGGAUUCCCACUGAGCUCACCCGCCAAGCUUUAAUUUCCAUGGUAACAUCUCCUCCAGGAACCUAUUUCCCUCUCAAAGACCAGCUUACCAUGCCUGGUAUAGUCAUUGAAGAAGAAUUAGGAGAUCCAUUGAAGGCUCUUUUAACAGAAGUUGAUCGGGAAGAGGUUCAAACACGGUUUCCUUUAACAGCUGAUAGUGUGACACAAGAUGAGAAUGGGCUGAGACAGUUAAUAAAAGCUAACUGUUACUAUGCUGCAAUAAACUUGACCACACGUCUUCUUACUGGUGUUGGACAGGGUCCAGGCUACAUAGGUCAUCCUUCUCGUCAUACACCAUAUUCUCUACAGUUGUGGUUUACAAGAAUGGCAUUGUUUGUCAAGCUUCGAAAGUUUGCUUUUGCUGAAGUGGAAGCUGAAGCUUUUGGUGACCUAGAUAACCCAGACCUUUAUUAUCAGUUUUAUCCUGACACUUACAGGGGAAGAAAAGGUUCAAUGGUUCCAUUUGCUUUUCGUGUUCUACUUGCUGAACUUCCUCAGUAUCAAGGAAACCACCAGGUGGCUUUGGAUAAGUUGUAUAAGAUUCUUGGAACUGUACAGAAGAUUUUAAACAACUUAAAGGAAGGCAAGGCUGAAGAUGGUAGUAUGUUGGAACUCACUGAUGCUCAGAGAAAAGUAUCAUUAGAGGUAUGGCAGCAGAGAGAAUGUCGAAUGCUUUAUUCCAUUUGGAACUGUGUUUUAGCUCAACGGGACUACACCAUGGUGGUUACUUUGGGAAGGAACUUACUAGAGAAAGAUAAAUCACGAGAACGUGAACUUUGCUUAGCGAUGGGAAGAAUACAUCUGCAGAUGGGAGAUAUUAAGGGAGCUCAGGAGUAUUUUAAUAAAGCCACAUCACUGAAAGUUGAAGCUGGUUCCAAAAUUGAAGCUGAAGUAGAAGAGUUAACAAACAGGGCUCUACUUGCUGUAGCCACAAAUAACUACUCUGAUGCAUGCAACCACUACAAACAGGCAUUAGAUAUGCAGCCUAACAACCCAGUUUUGCUGAACAACAUGGCUGUCUGUCUGCUGUACAUGGGCCAUCUAAAGGAGUCACUGACUUUACUUGAAGGAGCCAUUCAGUCUGACCCAUUGCACUGUCUACAUGAAGGCCUCCUAUUCAAUACCUGCACUCUGUAUGAAUUGGAAUCUUCACAUAGCAUGAGCAAGAAGUAUGACAUGUUGGGUUGUGUAGCCCAGCAUGUGGGUGAUAAUUUUCACAUUUCUUGUUUGAAGAUUCAGCUACCACACAAGUGUUAAGAAAAUCACAGUUAAAUAUAAAUUAUAACAAUAUUAUUUAUAUACAGUGAUUUUUUUUUAUGAGAUGACUGCAUCUUAGAAAUUGUGAAUUUUAUUCAAGUAAUCAGUUCAGAUCAACCAUUACUAUUAUUUAGUUAUUCCACUAAAAAAAUUGAUUAAGUUAAAAAAUAAUACAAUAAUACCAGUUGAUUUUUAAAUUUAUAAAUAAUACGUAAAUAAAAUGUAUAAAAAAAAUAUCUGGUAAAGUCCAAUUUUCUUGCAGGCUUACAGAACAAAUAAUGGAAGGGUGUGUGUGCAUUUCUGAAGUCUGCUUCCAGAUUUAAGUGUAGUGCGUAUUAAAUAAAAAUUGAUAAAAGUGAAAUUAGAUAGUAUGUUACUAACAGAACCUUGGAUAUUCAUUGAUUCAUGUAAGGUUUGAUUAAAGUUAUUCUAACAUCUUUAUCUGAA